ACGUGAUAUGGUCUGUUGUUGUCAGUUAGCUUAGCAACUGCAUAACCUAAACUGAGAAACAUGGAUCGGAAAACGGACUAAAUACAAAAAAUAAUUCUGUUUUAUACCACAGUUUUGAUAUUCUGCUUUGUAUAUAACGGUAUUUUGGACACUGCGAUCAGUGAAUGUCCUAUGUAGUUGCAUUUAGCGCCAGUCAUCUGUUGAUCUUGUGUCUCCGCUGAAGAUGAAUGCUCUGGUGGCUCUCUGUCACUUCUGUGAACUUCAUGGCCCUCGGACACUGUUCUGUACCGAGGCACUACACCCUCCAUCCCCGUCCCCCUCAUCCCAGGCAGGGAUCCCGGCAUCUGGGGACAGGGACCGAGACGGUGACCGGGAAGGAGAAGGGCUGACCAUGAGAGCCAACAGCUCAGCCACACAGAGAGGAGAAAUGUGUGAGGGAUGUCGAUCUCUGCCUGCAUCUCACCCAGGCUUUGUGAGCAUUGAUGAUGAAACAGGUAUACGCUUCCUGAGCCACCAGCAUCCCAGACAGCCUCAGCUUUUCAGUGUGGUCCGCCAGGCCUGUGUACGCAGCCUCAGCUGUGAGGUAAACAGUGACGUGUGUCCCGGCCGUGAAGGGCCAAUUUUCUUUGGAGAUGAGCAACAUGGUUUUGUGUUUUCACACACCUUCUUUAUCAAAGACAGCCUGGCCAGGGGCUUUCAGCGGUGGUACAGUAUUGUCAUGGUAGCCAUGGACAGGAUCUACCUUAUCAACUCCUGGCCUUUUCUGUUACGCCACCUUAAACUCACAAUACAGAGCCUGCAAAGCACAGCCCUCAAGGUGUUUGACAGUGAGCAAGGAGUUUGCCCCCAGCGAGCUGUGAGGAUGAACAGUGUGUUUUCACCUGCAGUUUUCCCACACCAAAGGAGCGGCAACGCAGCCCGAUCACUAACUUCUCUUACCCAGCAUCCCAACCUCUGGGCCAGCCUGCACUCCUCCUUUAGCUGGCUGCUGAAGGCCUGUGGUAGUCGUCUGACAGAGAAGCUGCUCGAGGGAGCCCCUACUGAGGACACACUGGUGCUCAUAGAGAGACAGACAGAGCAAGAGGAGGAAAUGAGCUGCUGGGAGGGAGCAGAAGGAGGUGCUCUGAAGUCACAGCGGCACCAGUCAGAGAGCGAGCUGGGCCACGACUUCCUUUGUGAUGAUGCAAAAUUUGAUGAAUUACCUGGUCCAAAGUUUAGGUCACUGAGGCACUUGAGACAGGUCCUCGGGGCUGCUGAGUUUCGUCAGCUAGCAUGGCACGUGCUCAUGGGAAAUCAGGUCAUAUGGAGGGGCGCACACCCCGGGCUCAUCCAAUCAGCAUUUACAGUACUCAAGUCUCUGCUCCCAGUAGGCUGUGUGCGUUCUGUGCCAUACAGUGCUCAGUAUGAGGAGGCCUACAAAUGCAACUUCCUGGGUCUCAGCCCAGAUGUGCCCAUUCCAACCCACGUCAGCUCCUCAGAGUUUUCAGUGCUGGUGGAUGUGAGCACAGAGAGAAACUUCCAGAUCUCAGCUGUACAUGACGACGAUAUCUGCUCACUUUAUCAGUUCACCAUCAGCAGUGCCAACACACAGCCCACAGACAGGGGUCCCACAUUACUGAACAAGCUCGAGGUGGCUCUGUCUAACGAGAACUUGUCUGUGGACGUCGUAUCUCACUGCCUGCUGUGUUUGAAGGAGGAGUGGAUGAAUAAAGUCAAAGUGCUGUUCAAGUUCUCCAAAGUGGACGGGCGAGGGAGGGAGGACACCCAGAAGGUUCUGGCCCUCCUUGGCGCCACCGGGCCGGGCGAGGAAGACAACGUCAGGCUCCUUAAAUUCUGGAUGACUGGACUCAGCAAAACCUACAAGAGCCAUUUAAUGACAGCUGUCCGAGGAGGGGAGAGGAGCCCCAGCCAGUAACAAAGACAAUAAGAAGGAGGAAAAGGAGUUAGCAGGGGGUGAAGAAAAGGAAGGUGAAAAGAAGGGGGGGUUUCCGGAGGAAAGGAAAGUGAAAAGCAAGAGUCAGUUUUGGUAACUGUUUGGGACUUUUUGUGGAAUGAAAGAGGGCUGUGAGUGGAUGCCAGAGAUGCCCUGGCUCAUCCAUUAUUGUCUUUUAAGUAAUGAGAAAUUUAUUGUGUACCUAACCCUGGUUAUUAUCCUGCACGGAUUAACACAGUCAGUUGGGAUAAUAUGAGGGCUUUUGUUUGUCAAAGAGAAUUACUGUAGGAGACCACUUCGUACUAAAAUGUAAAGUUUAACUUAUUACAAAAAGGCUUUGCACUUUGUUUACUCUUCCACUGAAGUUUUAAAAUGAAAUAAAUUAAUGUGAACAGUCA